GUCUAUGACGCCAUGUGCGGCGGCAAUUACAUGGCGUUGCCAGCCCCGUUCAGACCGAACAAGGACCCUGGCGAGAUCGCAUUCACAGUGCAGCUCCACACCUUGUCGGAGGAAGACAACGGUCGGCAGUUCGCUUUGAAAUGCAUCAGGUUCGAGAAGGCCACGCGGGCGGACAUCGCGAAGGAGGUCUUUGUCUCUGGCACGGCGCUGACUCCCCACUGGGGGAACUCGCCCGAUAAGGAGACGCCGCUGAAGCUCUUUCACUAUAUGAUGGGCAGGUUGGGCGGAGUGCAGAUCCGCCAUUGGAUCCAGCCGUCCGUGGCCACCGCCGCAGCCGCAGGGGCCGAUGUAUAUGGCAAGGGCAAGCGGCAGGCGGGUUACCUUUGCAUCGAGAAGUACGGCGUCAAUGAGUCGCUCCGCAACUACGCGUCGGGCACUGUCGGCGCGAGGGCACUCGGGCGCUGGGCGGUCACUCUCAAGCGGUUUGACCAGUUCCUGUUCGACCGCAUCGUCGUCCCCGUCCUUGGGGGCCGCGACGUCCAUGGGGCCAUGUGGAUCGGAAAGACCAGGGUCGACAAAUCCACAGCGUCCAAAACUAUCGGCUUCGCUAUUUCUGCCUACCAGAUUGAGAAGCACCGCCGCGCUGACCUCCGCCCGAGCGUCGUCGCGGCGAAGACGGUCGACUUCCUGCAAAUCUGUGUCAAACCGUAUAACGAGGAGUUCAAGGCGACGGUCAAGUCCGUCAGCAGGGAGAAGGAAGAGGUGGCAUUCAGUGACUUCAUCAAGACCAUCGACUGCAAUUUCACUGGCGAAAAGCAGUGCAGCUACAAGAUGGCGGACGUGGAGGCGUACGCGGCGAGGUCCAACGUCGUGCCCCUCUCGCCGAACUGGGUGUACUUUCGGGCGGCAUCCACGACGAGGGAGCCAGUCCCUCGCUUUCCGUGGCCAGUGCCCGCGAAGCCAGAUCUCUUCGCGCCCGAGACGUACGACAUCCUCAAGGCAUUCAAGAAAGACCAGACUCGCGUUCCAUCCGACUACGACCAGCACAUGAGGUGGGCCGUGGCCGCCAUGAAGAAGUUAGCGCGGGGCGAGGAGCUCGGGCAGUCAUCGACGGUCCGUGGCCCCAUGCUCUUCGACCAGGACGCGCCCGCGAGAUGCAACUUCCCAGAGGUGGCCACGCAGCCGCCGAGCGGCAGGCAGGGGGGCGAAUGGUUCCCGCGAGCGGCCGCUGGUCAGCCGACCAGCGCCUCGUGCCCCGUUCUCGAAGAUACGCGUGAUAUCGAUGAGCAGCUGAAUGUCUGCCGCGCCGUUCAGCGACGCCUCUGCGGUCGCGCGGUGGCCUUUCACGGCCGCGUGAUCGGCAUCUCAUCGCCGCAGCCGCUUAAGCGCGGC